CUCCAAACCCGAAACAAUCAUGCCAGCAGAAGCCACCGUCAAAGCGCCCAAGAAGGGCUCCAAGAAAGCCGUGACUAAGACCGCCGCCAAGGGCGGCAAGAAGAGGAGAAAGAGCAGGAAGGAGAGCUACGCCAUCUACGUGUACAAGGUGUUGAAGCAGGUCCACCCCGACACCGGCAUCUCCUCCAAGGCCAUGGGCAUCAUGAACUCGUUUGUGAGCGACAUCUUUGAGCGCAUCGCCGGUGAGGCCUCCCGCCUGGCUCACUACAACAAGCGCUCCACCAUCACUUCUCGCGAGAUCCAGACCGCCGUGAGGCUGCUGUUGCCCGGGGAGCUGGCCAAGCACGCCGUGUCCGAGGGCACCAAGGCCGUCACCAAGUACACCAGCUCCAAGUAAACCUCCCGCUGCUGUAAUCCACCAAACCAACGGCUCUUUUAAGAGCCACACACUUCUUCUUAAAGAGCAACGUUUCAACCAGUCAUGUGUUUAGAAACAAAUGAUCGAUUUUGUCACUUAUUUCUUGAAUGUAAACUUUUAUUUAUUUCUAUAGCAGUUAUUGUGUUUUUUUUUAAGUUUUCUGCGCUUUCCCCCACUACCACCAGUAUA